AAGACAUUAUUAUUAUAAAUAGAAAAAGAAAUUGUACGUUGGAUGUAACAUAAAAUACAAUUGAAAUAAACAAACCUGAAGUUAGGUUUUAAAGGUAUAUCCCUGUUUUAGGAAGUUCAAAAAAGAAAUGAUUUUUUAUUGUUUAAAUUUAUUCCUAAUAUAUCUAAGAUUAUUUAUGUAAAAUUAUAUAAACCAAUUUACAGUAUUUUCGAAAAUACAGCACUAAAUGUGGUGAGGCGUCGAGCAGGUUACACAACGCUCGGACAACUGUUUUUUCAAAUUUAAACAAAAUUCUAAAUUUCACAAUAAGUUUAGGUUUUUUUUAGUUUGUUUAGUAGAGAAAUGUUUGAAAAUUAACAUUUCUUUUGGUUUUUUCAUUUCAAACGAAUUUAUCCAAUAGCAAAUACGAGCUGUAUCUUUCCCGCCAAAAUUGGAGAUGGCGAUUAGGAGAUGCUGCACAAACACAUCCAUAAAAGUCAACUGCUUUUCAACAUUUAAUUGAAAAAUCUGUAUUGAUAUAUUCUCAAGAGUACACUUGACUGGUUUCUUUCUCUCUAUCCCCAAAAAAUCCUUUAAAAAACGUUUAUGUAAGGCCCCAUAAUCAUUUCAAAUGUGUAUUAAAUGACAAUCAAACACAAAAAUGACACCAUCUAGCGACCAAACUUUUUUUCAGAUUAUUUUUAGGAAAUAACGUUUAUGCGUCUCUAUGCACGUGGGUUUAAGGUUUAUGCGUCUCUAUGCACGUGGGUUUAAGGUUUACGCGUCUCUAUGUGCUCUGUUUGAAUAUUUUCAAAAACUCUAAAUUUUGAUUUAAAAAAAUGCAAUUAAAAUUGUUUUUAAUCGCAGCGGCAUGCGAUAAUUUAGGAAUUGGCAUAAAUGGAAAUUUGCCAUGGAAUUUAAAAACCGAAAUGGCAUAUUUUUCUCGCAUGACGACAAAGACAAACAAUGACAAUAAAAAAAAUGUUGUAUUAAUGGGUAGAAAAACCUGGGAUUCUAUACCACCGAAGUAUAAACCAUUGAAAAAUCGUAUUAACAUGGUUUUAACGAAACAAUCUCUAAACUUUGGAUCCGAUGCGAUCCCUUGUAAAAGUAUUACAGAUGCAUUGGAUAUUAUAUCUCAACCACCAUUAUUAGAACAGGUGGACAAAGUAUGGGUCAUUGGUGGAAGUUCCGUUUACAAAGCCGCAUUAGAAUCACCGUAUUUUCAUCGUUUGUAUCUCACUAAGAUAAAAAAGCAUUUUGAUUGUGACGUAUUUUUUCCACAACUGUCAACCGAUUUUGUACAAGUCAAGGAUCCCAAUGUUCCUGAUGGAAUUCAAGAAGAAAAUGGAAUUCAAUUUGAGUAUAAAGUUUAUGAAAAGAAGAACUGAAAUGUAUGUAAUUUGUAG